AAAACCCUGCAGUGUGGUUUGUGGUGUAGUAAUAGUGUUUUAGGUUUACAUAAUUGUCAUAGAUAGAUAGAUAGAUAGAUAGAUAGAUACUUUAUUGAUCCCCAAGGAGAAAUUCAAGAUCCUAUGCUUACAUAAGCAGGCAAAAAGAAUGUGCAGCUCUGAUGUGCAAAAGAAGGAAGAAAACAAGACAUGUGUGCGUUUCUGUUCCUACAUUUGUGUAUAGUCUUAGCAUUGCUGUAACUGGCUAUAUACAGCAGCACAUGCCUAAAUAUAUAAUAGCCACGUUUCACUCACAACAUCCGUCACUGACCCAUCUUUUUUUUUAGCUUUGUCACAUCACCAUAUGUGUGAGUAGGUAUGCAUUUUCACAGCUUUGGAGUAAAUAAACACAAAGGGCCGUCGCAUUUACGUGACAAAGUGAUUUGUCAUGUGUGUACACCGCCUGCCUUACACACACACUCACACAGGCAAGCAUGUUAAACCCAUAAACUCAUUUUUAGACCACUUGUUCACUGACAUAGCAAUGCAGCCACCUGUGCCACCCUGGCACCCUCGCUGUGCCCCCCAUUGUCCAUAGGUUGAUAUAAAUAGGGAUAGUCCUGGCUGCAGCUCCUGUACAGAGUCUCUGAGCCUCUGGGCGACUGUAGCUUUCGCUGCGCUAGUCACGCUCCUUCUUCAUCCCGAAGGAGUUGCGCUUGUGGUUGACAUCCUACCGACGACGCCAACGAUCCCUUUGCCCCCUGCCACCCAGAUUUACAGACCUUCAUGGAGGUAUGGACGUGCCUUCCAGGGCAAUGUGGGGGAAAGAAUGGCUGUGUGACUACCAAUCACUCACCCACCACCAACACCCUCCCCUGCCGUGUGGCCUUGGCAUUGGAGUAUAAAUUCAGAAGGCUGGGUGGUUGUGUCUGAGAGACUGUGGCCUUCUCUGACACAAAGUGAGACGACAGGGAGUGAUCCUGACACAAAGUGAGACGACAGGGAGUGAUCUGACACAAAGUGAGACGACAGGGAGUGAUCCUGACACAAAGUGAGACGACAGGGAGUGAUCCUGACGAACUAAGACGGGAAAUCUUACAAGCACAGUAGGAGUGGAGGAGUCCAGAAUGAAGACGCAAACUCAACACUCGCAAAGCAGCAGGAGUACCUGAAACGGCAGAGAGAUGCUAUCGCAUACAGAAUGAAAAAAUUGUCAGCCAAACAGACAGAUAUAAAUAAAAAGACAGACAAACUGAAGGAGAAGAUCAAGAAGAAAUAUGAGGACAUGAAGCGUGUGUUAGACGAGGACCUGCGCAUUACGCUGACUCAGUUGGAGAUGGAGGCCGAGGCCACAGAGAGGGUGAUCGAGGACCACAUGGAGCAUUGCUACGCACUGACACAGGACAUUGACCGCGAACUGUCAGAACUUAGUGUCCGGCUGGAGAAGCAGCUAAGCUACGACAAGGACACGGGGGAGACAGAGGGAAGGAUUGCGGCCAUGCUAAAGCAGACGGACCCCGAGCUUAUUCAGAUGGACGAGUUCAAGAAUGAGCAGCUCAUCAGCCUGACCAUCAACCUGCUGUUAUUCAUUCGCUCACAAGUGCCUGUCACAAAGAAACUCUUCCAAAGUUAUGCCUCAGAGGUUGUCCUUGACCCAAACUCAGCCCAUCCCAAACUGAUCAUCUCCCCUGAGGGCAACUCGGUCACCUACACCGACACCUGGCAGGAGGUCCCGGAGAACAAUUCCCGCUUCGACACCACCCUCAAUGCCUUGAGCCGGCAUGGCUUCCAUGAGGGCCGCAACUACUGGGAGGUGCAGGUGGUUGGCAAGACCUACUGGGAGCUGGGCAUCACCUACCCGAACAUCCCCAGGAAGGGCAAGGAGGAGCACUGCUGGCUGGGCCGGGGCUCCGACUCCUGGUGCGUGGAGUUCUUCAACGGCAGCUACAACGCAUGGCACCGGGGCGUGGCACACACGCUGACCCACGUGGAAGGUCGGAGCUUCACGCGUAUCGGGGUGUUCUCCAGCUUUCCGGGGGGGCUGGUGUGUUUCCUCGGCGCGGACACCAUGACGCCGCUGUACUGCUUCUGUGCGGGGACGUUCACCGACAAAUUGUUCCAGGCUGUCUGCCCCGGAGACGACAACCAGGGGACCAAUUGGAAGCCUUUGCAAAUAUGCGACGCUUCUAGGUCUGGUCCCACUCUGUGAUGGACAGUCUGGCCACCGAACCACAGAGUUUCUGGCAUCGAGUGAUUUGAGUGAGUGAGUGAUCUGUGACCAGUUAACAAGGUGAUACUGCCCACCAUGACAGAGAGACUUAGGGGGUAUACUGUACAUUGGUAUGAAUGUUUCUACCCAUGUUCUAAUGACCAGUAUUAAAGGAGUCUCUAUGUCAGUAAUGUUGAAGGAGAUCUGAUGGAUUUAAAAUGUGUUGGGUCUACAAUGGAAAAGGCUGUCAUAUUACACCAUAUACAGCAAUUAAGUGCAAAAUGAUGUAUUAGUUAAGGUAACUUAAUGCAAGGUAUGUGUUGAGUAUCACAGAGAGUAGUAAUUUCUAUGGGUUAUGGAAUCAGUGUAGUCACUUAACAAACAGGUAUUGCACUGAAAAGGAGCAUCUCCUGCCAAUGUCACAUAAAGCCCCUUACAAAUGAAGCAUGUCACCAUAAGUAAUAGAUUAAAUCUGUAGGCUUCAAGUGUUCAUCAUCUAACAUACAGACAGUUGAGUAAUAGUCCACAUAUAGGGCCCUAAUUUACAUGAAGUAUAAAGUCCGUCAACAAGCUACAAGUGUCUAUAUGCAUGAACUAUAGCUAUUGUAUGGCAUGUGGGAGCACUGAACUGGCUCACCAAUGUUUGCAUUUAAGGGAAAUUGAUUUUGCCUUGCUAAUAAAUAAGCUUCGGUUAGACAUAAGACUUUGGUUGUCAUUCAAAUUAGGGUCCAUAGACAUUAACGGAAUAAUAUUGAACAAAAGGGAAACGGAUUGCAUGGUUGAUUCAUUUUGAUUUAAUACAAUAAAAUAGGGUUUUACACAGGCAUUCAUUCGAUGUCUUUUUAACAAAUGUACUACCCCAGAUUCAAAAAGAGGCAUUAAGGUUAUGGCAAUAUUCAGUAUAUAUUCACAAAAUUUCUUUCUUUUUUAAAGGGGAUUUCAUACCCC